GCCAACACCCCCCGCCCCCCACCACACGCCGCCCGCCCGCCCGCCCGCGCCCCGCACCCUGCGCGCUAGCCCACGACCGAGCGGCGGCGGCAACAGCAGCUGGCUGCAGGCUGCUGCGACUCGCACCGGCGCGCUCCUGGCAACACCUGCCAUCCCAGGUGACUUGAACUCGCCAGUUCGGAUCCCCUGCGCCAGCUCCCGCUUGCGCAUCGGGUCUGGGUUCCGGCACCCACCGGCCCUCCUGCCCUCCCCCGCCUCUCCGUCCCCCAGCUCGCGGGAAGGGAGGUCGCGGCAGCGGCCCGGCGGCAGCGGCGACCGUGGCGACAGCAGCGACAGUGGCGGCGGCGGUGGCGGCAGCGGCUGCGGCGGCGGCGGAGGCUGCGGCGGCGACCGUGGCAGAGGCCGUGGCGGAGGCCUCCGUGGCGGAGGCGGAAGCAGAGGUGGAGGCUGAGGUGGAGGCCGAGGCCUCAAUAGAGGAGGCAGCAUCCGAGGCCACCCUGGGGGAGGCGGAGGCCGCCCGGGCGGCAACGGCGGUGGCGGUGGCGGAGGGCAGCGCGGCCGAAGCCGCCGCCGCAGCGGAGGCUGCAGGGACCCCCUUGGGGGAGGCGGAUGCCGAUGCGGAUGCGGAUGCGGAUGCGGCUGCGAAUGAGGGGGUGGCGGCCGCUGUGGCGUCUGCGGCUGCCGCCGCGGAUGCAGAUGCGGAUGCUGAGACCCGCGGGGCCUGUGAGGGGAACCCAGAUUUUCCGAUGGCCUCCCUUUACGUGGGCGACCUGCACCCUGAGGUGACCGAGGCAAUGCUGUACGAGAAAUUCAGUCCAGCUGGGCCCAUCCUCUCCAUCCGCAUCUGCAGGGACAAGAUCACCCGCCGCUCAUUGGGCUACGCAUAUGUCAACUACCAGCAACCGGUGGACGCCAAGCGGGCCCUGGAGACCCUGAACUUUGAUGUCAUAAAGGGCAGGCCAGUGCGCAUCAUGUGGUCCCAGAGGGACCCGUCGCUCCGCAAGAGCGGGGUGGGCAACGUCUUCAUCAAGAACCUGGGCAAGACCAUCGACAACAAGGCGCUGUACAACAUCUUCUCGGCGUUCGGCAACAUCCUUUCCUGCAAAGUGGCCUGUGACGAAAAGGGGCCCAAGGGCUACGGGUUCGUGCACUUCCAAAAGCAGGAAUCCGCGGAGCGGGCCAUCGACGUGAUGAAUGGCAUGUUCCUGAACUACCGCAAAAUUUUCGUCGGGAGAUUCAAGUCGCAUAAAGAACGAGAGGCCGAAAGGGGAGCCUGGGCCAGGCAGUCCACUAGUGCUGACGUCAAGGAUUUCGAGGAAGACACCGACGAGGAGGCCACCUUGCGAUGAAGACAUCCCAGGAGCUAGCCAGCCAGCAGAGCCAAACCUUGGUUCAAACCCGGUUUACAACCCCCCACCCCCAGCCCUCCCCCGCCAACCCACCAGCAGUGUAUUUAUUGUGUUGGGAGUGCAGGUCUCUCUCUCUCUCCCUCUCUCUUUCCCCCCCCCCUUCCUAUUUUCUCUCUCCACCUCUCCUCUCCUUCCCUUCCUCUCCCCCGCCCACCCCUACCAAGGGCGUUGUGAAUAAUCUUACUAAUCUGUGCCAUUUGUAGGUUAAAGGCUGCCUCUCCUCCCUGUGGUUUGGUUUAAAAAGCAUUUUCAUUCUCUCUUUGUUUACUGCACAGGUGAUACCAUUUCAUGGUAGAAACAUCAGAAAGGAGAAGGAUGUUAGAUGAGGGAAGAAACAAGAGAGUAAUUGCUCCCCUGGUCCUACUCCCCAGAGAGAACCACUUUUACCUUUUUGGUGUGCUGCUUUUCCAGGCUCUCUUCUCUCCCUCUCUCUCCUUUGCUCACCCCCACCCCGCCUUCCCUUUUAACACACUGUUAUAGAAUGGUUCAUGUAUGUAGUGUUUCUUAACCUGCUUUUUCAGCAACUAAAACCAAACAAAAAUCAACCCAUUGAACUUCUUUCCAUGUUAUCAACAGGCUUAUGAAACGUCAUCUUCAGUGCCUGCAGAGUGCUCCAGUGUAUCCGUGGACCUUAACAUUUCUGUAAUCAUUCCCACAUUGUUGGACAUUCAGGUGGUGCCUAGUUCUUUCCCUGUGUUUAAGACCAACAUUGCGUGCUCUGUGCUUUGAUGAGUGAAUCCUUCCUUGUCAAGCCAAAUCUUUGCCAGCAUCCCGGUGGGGUGGUCUCCUUAACUGUGGACUUGCAAGAUCCACAUAGAGACAUUUUAAAGACUUUUCCUGUGUGUUGCCAAAAGGCCCCCUUCAUAAGCAUUGUACCGAUUUGCACUCGUGCCGGCCAGCGCAGCUAGUAAAGAGUAUGCCCGUUUCCCCUGCAUAGUCUCUUGGUCACCGUAAUUGAUGGUAUGUGUGUGUGCAUGUGUGCGUGUGUGCCUCUGUGUGUGUGUGUGCGCGCAUGUGUGUGUGUUUUGGCCAGCUUGGCAAGCUGCAAAGGGUAUUUCGCUGUCCUCGGUGGUUUUGCUGGAAUCAAGCACUGCUUAUGACCCCAUGCCCUGUGCCCAAUUGCUGUCCUUUUCCCUGUUGUCAGAAAAGUAAUUCAGCGUCAUUGCAGGAAAAAAAAAUAGUCACAAAGCAGACAAGUCACCAGAAGAAAAUUAAAGUCACCGGUAAUCAUUUCUGAUGAUUACACACACAUUCCAGAAACAUUUUCGUGCACACCUCUCCGAGAUUUUCAAGAACUACCUGAAACAUUUUUGUCCGUAGGUCUAGUUUUUUUCUUAUGCAUAUAUCAUAUAUGUAUAUUAUGGUGUACAGACCGUUUUUAUAUCUGCUUUUCACACGUAAAUGUGUGUGUAUUUAUACAUAUGCAUACUCUUGAACUUCAUUUCAUGUCAUUAAAGAUGCUUUUAAAAUA